CCCGUCUCACCAUCUCACCACAUCGUAUACCGCCACAUUGUAUUACACCUACUAGGCCAACGAAGCGGACGGUAUCAGUAACAUGUUGUCGUUCAUGGGUGCUCUCAACAGCAGCCGGCCGGUAAGAUCAUCGCUCAGACUCCAUUUGACAUGCCUACUUCAUUCGACAAGGCUAGUCUCUACUGACAGCCUGCAUUCCCGCCGACGGACCUCAUCUCCAUCAACAACCGAGCACAGCUAACAUGAGCAUGCAGCAGCCGGACCACGAACGUUUCUUCCUCCUCAGGUCGAGCGCCAGGAAGCGAGUGGAAGACAUCUACAAAGGUAAGGAAUACACUUGGGCUCCCAUCGCCUUGCGGGAGGUAGACAGGCAGCGGUACCUGGACUCUCCAUCCCGCCACACGACGUUUGUGCAGAGGGGACUGUACGACAUCGUCAUCGAGCGAAUUCAUGGUCGCAGGGUGCGAAACGAAUUUGAACUCUUCACUGGUGAAGACGGGAAGGAACCAGAUGACCUUCGGGAGCAACUUGAGGAGAAGGGCUUCACAGUUCGCUUUUACGCACCGCCGCAGAAAAGCAAGUUCCCGUCCUGGAGUAAGCUCUGGGGCAGCAAGGACGAGACAGUCUUCGCCCGCUGCCUCGAUACACUCAAGCACGCCAUUGCGGUGCGUGAGAAGAAGACCGACCUGCCGACCAAGUGCGCUCUACUAGCUGAUGGUGGCCCCCGGGGCAAGACCGACAAGCGUCGCAAGAUCCUCCUCCUCAUACUGACGGAGUCGACAUUUGCGGAAUACUUCGAUCGCACAGAGUUUACCACCAAUGACUGUACGUACCGCAUCUUCGGCGCUUACCACAAUGGAGAGACGAGGUGCGGCGAUCUUGACGACUUCGCCACUUACUUCUCCAGAGAUGGCCGGGAAGUUGAGGCCUGUUUCUGGGACGAGCGCAUCCAGAUCGGGCAAACGGAGCUGGAGGAAGGGCGAAGGGCGAAAAAGGAAGCGAAGAAGCAUCGUCGCCGAAUCACUGCAUCAACUGAGCCGUCAGCGAACGCGUCUAUGUCCUCGGAGGUAGCUGAUGGAGAUGGGUCACAAGCACAGUUGGCUGCUCAGAAGAAGACAAGGAGCAAAAAGCAGCGGGAGAAGAAGAAGGCGCAACGCGAGCGCCAGCAGCUUCAGCAGUUUGCCGAUGCCUUGACAUCGCAGUCGGGAGACGAGGGCGGAAAGCACGAUGCUGACGCCAAUGCCGUGACUUUCCACAAUGUCGGCACCACUGUGCAGUAUCUGCUGAACAAAAGGGCGAUCAGAGAGAGAAGUGCAGUCGUAAAAGGUUCAAAGGCGCCUGAUUCCGCCAAAAGCUUGCGCGACAGCAGCUCCGGCAAUGACGACGUGCAAGUUUUGGCGGACGCCGAAGCCCCAAGGUCCGUGCGAGUUCUGAGAGCCAACACCACCGACGAUAUCAAUGCCGUACUGCACAGGGCCAGCGAAACCGGAGGACCGGUAAUGAUCGCUACAGACGAGGAUGUUGCGGAGGGCGGGCAGCUGGAAGGGUUGGGCCUGAUCUUCCCAAAUAAGGCGCAGUGA